UGAGUGCGGAUGGAUAAUAUCAGAUGACGUAGCAGCCUUUGGUAUAUAUAAGAUCUGCAGCCGUUGCGGUAAAAAACAUAGUACCGUCCGCCGACGACAGCAGAAGUCAUAUAGGAAGACGACAAUAGCGGUUGAAAUCUUCAAUAUCGCCACUCCUAAUCUCUGAACAUGCAGAUUUUUGUGAAGACCCUCACUGGCAAGACCAUCACCCUCGAGGUUGAGCCUAGUGACACCAUUGAGAAUGUCAAGGCUAAGAUCCAAGACAAGGAAGGCAUUCCCCCAGACCAGCAGAGGCUGAUCUUUGCCGGAAAGCAGCUGGAAGAUGGCCGCACCCUUUCAGACUACAAUAUCCAGAAGGAGUCCACCCUCCAUCUUGUCCUCCGUCUGAGGGGUGGCAUGCAGAUCUUCGUCAAGACCCUCACUGGCAAGACCAUCACCCUUGAGGUUGAGCCCAGCGACACAAUCGAGAACGUCAAGGCCAAGAUCCAGGACAAGGAAGGCAUUCCCCCAGACCAGCAGAGGCUGAUCUUUGCCGGAAAGCAGCUGGAAGAUGGCCGCACCCUUUCAGACUACAAUAUCCAGAAGGAGUCCACCCUCCAUCUUGUCCUGCGUCUGAGGGGUGGCAUGCAGAUCUUCGUCAAGACCCUCACUGGCAAGACCAUCACCCUUGAGGUUGAGCCCAGCGACACAAUCGAGAACGUCAAGGCCAAGAUCCAGGACAAGGAAGGCAUUCCCCCAGACCAGCAGAGGCUGAUCUUUGCCGGAAAGCAGCUGGAAGAUGGCCGCACCCUUUCAGACUACAAUAUCCAGAAGGAGUCCACCCUCCAUCUUGUCCUGCGUCUGAGGGGUGGCAUGCAGAUCUUCGUCAAGACCCUCACUGGCAAGACCAUCACCCUUGAGGUUGAGCCCAGCGACACAAUCGAGAACGUCAAGGCCAAGAUCCAGGACAAGGAAGGCAUUCCCCCAGAUCAGCAGAGGCUGAUCUUUGCCGGCAAGCAGCUGGAAGAUGGCCGCACCCUUUCAGACUACAAUAUCCAGAAGGAGUCCACUCUCCAUCUUGUCCUGCGUCUCAGGGGUGGCAUGCAGAUCUUCGUCAAGACCCUCACUGGCAAGACCAUCACCCUUGAGGUUGAGCCCAGCGACACAAUCGAGAACGUCAAGGCCAAGAUCCAGGACAAGGAAGGCAUUCCCCCAGACCAGCAGAGGCUGAUCUUUGCUGGCAAGCAGCUUGAAGAUGGCCGCACCCUCUCCGACUACAACAUCCAGAAGGAGUCCACCCUCCAUCUUGUCCUCCGUCUGAGGGGUGGCAUGCAGAUCUUCGUCAAGACCCUCACUGGCAAGACCAUCACCCUCGAGGUUGAGCCAAGUGACACCAUUGAGAACGUCAAGGCUAAGAUCCAGGACAAGGAAGGCAUUCCCCCAGACCAGCAGAGGCUGAUCUUUGCUGGCAAGCAGCUGGAAGAUGGCCGCACCCUCUCAGACUACAACAUCCAGAAGGAGUCCACCCUCCAUCUUGUCCUCCGUCUGAGGGGUGGCAUGCAGAUCUUCGUCAAGACCCUCACUGGCAAGACCAUCACCCUCGAGGUUGAGCCAAGUGACACCAUUGAAAAUGUCAAGGCUAAGAUCCAAGACAAGGAAGGCAUUCCCCCAGACCAGCAGAGGCUGAUCUUUGCCGGAAAGCAGCUGGAAGAUGGCCGCACCCUUUCAGACUACAACAUCCAGAAGGAGUCCACCCUCCAUCUUGUCCUGCGUCUGAGGGGUGGCCAGUAAACCAUAAUGUUCUUAACCAUAAGUAAAGUAUUGUGCAAUUUAUUUGAAAAGGCAUUUGCCAUUAUGACCAAAAGUUAGUGCACGUUGUUGGAAUAAAUGAUUAAACUAAA